AUGUAUCGACACCGAAGAAAACAACUACCUGCACCACCUCCGCCUGCUCACGGAGGGGAUGGAACUAUAGCGCGUGAAGGACUGGCAAAUCCAUUGAGCGAGGGUACUUACUCCCAUCCUCGAGCUGCGCCGUUACCACCACCACCAUCACCAGCACUACCACCACCAGCACAAGCACAAGUAUCCGAUCCGGUUACCACACCAAGGUUUCCACUUGGUGCUCUCCCAGGACGUCUUCCACGUGGUAGCACCAGCUAUGACACACAACCACCACCACAAUCAGAACCGCGACGACGACGUCCGUUGCGUCCAGCACCAUGGAGGACGCCUAGUUCCCCACAACGACCUCCGCCUGCUGGGCGGUGGUUGGAUCGGGCACUUGUAGUAUCUUCGACUCCAGGUUCUCAAUGGCCUGCCCGUCGGAAGACUUCCCGGUCUGGGUCUCUUCCUCCUAUCCACUACGGGCAACGAACAUCGCGGGGAUCACGGCCAGAGACAGCUCAUACUAGGGAUGCAGUUCGCUCGCCGGCGAGGGAGGGUGCGAGAGUGGUGGUCCCGCCUGUGCUGAUAAUUUCUUCAGGGCCAGGGUCAGGGGGGAUGUCGCCCGCUGUCGCUGUGGACGGGGUGCAGGGUCGGCAUCGACGAGGUCCUUCUGCUUUUGGUGGGAUUCCCAAGCCAAAGAUACCUCUACCAAGCAAAUUGCCAACAAGAAAGUUGGUUGCGGGCAAUGACCACGGUACAGCGGAAGAGAAGGGGGGUGGGGUGUCUACAGCUACCUCUACCUCUAGGCAGGGGGGUAAUUUCGAGGGACAAGUUUUAGGGUUGAGGGUACCUCUAAGAAAGGGAAGAAAGAAUCCCGGAGGAGUGGGAAGGAGACAAAGCGUGGAUUCCGUAUACUCUCAAGACAUGGAAGGCUCGGAGGGAAAAGAGUCGAUCUUCGCGGAGACGUAUCAUGCGUUUAUGUUUAGGGAGCUUGCUGGGAAUGGAGAAGAGAGGAGUCAGGGGUGUGUGGAUGGCUCGGAGAAAAAAGGAGAGGACCGGAGAUGGGGACCACCACGGCUUUUCUCCCCUACUACUCCCGGUGCGCCACUUGGAGGCCACUACCGACGCAAGAGUUCGAUGGUACCUCCCAUUGAACCUGGAGACAGGUUAGAAGGACAACAUGGAGGUGAAAGAGAGCCAAGUAGUCCAGGGCCUAUUCGCAUCGGGAAUACCACUCGUAUCUUAAGAAAACCGGCAAGACUGAACCUGAGACCACCAAGCACCCAGCAGGUGUUGAGGACUCCUUCUCCGCUGUCAGCGACGUUAAAGAGACCGGGACCGCAUGUGCCGCAUGGGGGCCGUUUGGGGUUGACUUCCGCGCCUACUUCUACGAACGAUGUUUUCGCUGGUGAUGCCAGCCAUGGGGCUCCAAUGUUUGCUCGGGAAUUGACUGCCAGUCCGGAGGUGUUGAGUUCUGUUGCGGCAGUGGAGGAUGAUAGGAGGGGGAUGGUGAGUCGGUGGUCGACGGACUCAUCGGACAUAACGGACUCGUCAGACUCGUCGGAUGAGGAGGUGAUGAAUUGGGAGGGGUUGUCUGUUUCUGGGGGUCCUACUCGGGAAGCAUGUGAGAAGAUAGGACAAGAGUCAAUGGAAGGACCGGCGAAAGAGCUGCUACAAGGAAUCUUGGGUAAAGACCAUGAAAGACAGAAACCAUCGGAAGGGCCGAUACGAGGAAAAAUAUGGGCAAAAGACCAGGCAGCAGGACAAGAGCCUAACGCGAUCACUACCACUGAGCCUUGCCGUGUUUCUCAAGAAAACGAUCUUUCAUUCCAGAACUUCACCACCCAGCUUGCGAAUCUUCAAGCAUCCCUUAAUCAGCUCAUUUCUCAAGCUACCAGCAUCGAGACAGCAUUCGGGCAAGUGCGUGAAGCGAUGAUUGAUUUGCGUCAGAAAGCAACAGAGACACUUGUUGAUGUCGAGCAGUUUGUUGAAAAGAUCAGAAGGACAGAGGAAGAACUGGCGGAGGUGAGAAGACCGGUGAAAGGUAAAGCGAAAGACCUUGUUGGCAAUGGUGAGGAUCACCAAGAGCAAGCAAGGAAAGAAGAGGAAAACAGUAGACACCAAGAAGGGAAUGAUGACCACAAAGGACAUGAAAAGGAGCAGUAUAUGGAGAGGGAAUCAAAGAAAGAGGGACAACAACGUCCGGAGGAGCCACGAGAAGGACCGCCGAGCGGGCCGGCGCCGGGAGGGGCGGUGUGGGUUUGA